UUAAAACAUUCCUUUUUCUUUACUAAAAUUCUCUCUUUUUUUUAAAAAAAAAAAAAAAAAAGAAAAAAAAGAAAAAAGACACACUCAAAAACUACUUGAAAUUAUGCACUGUAACGGAACCGCUACGGAGCGCAAGGCUAGCACAUGCACGGACUCAAUGAUCCGGCUUUACCACACCCCAAGCCUUUCCCCGAACCAAUGUGGCUUCAGCCUCUUUCAAGUGGUUCAGGCGCCUCUUGCUCUAGUAUGGUCCAUGGUUCGCCGCUUCGACAACCCACAGGCUUACAAGCGGUUCGUUAAAAGCUGCACCAUCCGUCAAGGCGAUGGCGGGGUUGGCACGGUUAGAGAGGUGGUGGUGGUUAGUGGCAUGCCGGCUAACACAAGCGUGGAGCGGCUCGAGCGGCUGGAUGACGAGGCACAUGUCAUGGUUUUUACCAUCAUUGGCGGGGACCACAAACUGGCGAAUUACCGGUCCACCACCACCUUACAUGAGGAGGAGGGCGGCGGCGGAGGGAAUACGAUGGUGGUGGAAUCCUAUGUGGUGGAUGUUCCCUCCGGAAGUACCAAAGAAGAUACCAUUUUGUUUGCUAAUACCAUUGUCACGUGUAAUCUCAGGUGGUUGGCUCGUAAAGCUGAAACGCUUAUCUAAUGUGCGACUUCCUUCCUUUUUUUCGUUUUUUUUUUUCUUUUUUUUUUCUUUUUUUUUUUUUUUUUGUUUUUGCAAUAUGCUUUAUUAGGUCGGUUGCUUUGCUUUUAUUCCCACCCCCCAAAAAGGGAACUGUUCGUAUCUUCUUUUUUAAGUAAACUAUUAUCUUGUUUUAGUUUCUGAAAAUUUUAAUUUUGCUUUAAGAAUUAUUUAUUAAGUCUAAUUGUUAAAAUUUGUUGAUAUGCGUCUUUUGUUUUCUUAAUAUAUUUGUAUAAUAAUAGA